AUGGCCUCUCGUGGUGCCACGCCUUCGGGUGGCGCACCAUCUCAGACUGGACAGCCCCAGCCAGGUUCGACCAAGGAAGAGUUGCUCGGCGCCGGCGAGACAUUCUGGACCAAGGACUACUUCAAGAUCCCCGAGGGAAUCAACAAGCGCUGCGACCUACCUCCAGAAGCCUACGCCGUUAAGGAGCGCUACGACACACCCUUUGCGCGUCGCCCCGCUUACAGCGCUACGGGCGACAACAUCAAGGUCCAAGUCAACCAAUUCCGUGUUGACAAUGCCAUUAACCAGGAUGUCUGGCAGUUUGAUGUGAGCAUCAGCCCAACGCCGCUGGCUCGCGUCGUCUACAAGAAGGUUUGGGACAGCAACACUAUCCAGAGCAAGCUCCAGAGCUGCAAGGAUCCAUGGAUCUAUGACAGUCACAAGCUGGCCUGGUCAAAGAACAAGGUCCCAGAGUUGCGUGUGACAGUCGACCUUGACGCCGAGGAGGGAAAAACUAGCCGGAAAAACAACACUUUCUUGUUCCGGCUGAAACCUACCAGCAGAAUUCGCCUCGAGACACUCUUUGCCUACCUGAAUGGCCAAAUGGACUGGGACAAUUCGAUACUGGAAUGCAUGAGCUUCUUCGACCAUGUCCUGCGUCAAGGCCCAUCGGAAUCCAUGAAGUUGAUCAAGCGCACCUUCUUCCACCAAGGCGCUGAAAAUAUGCAACUCAACCAAGUCACAGAGGCCAUCAAGGGCAUAUAUUCCGCCUUCCGUAUCAAUGAGUCCAUCAACUCAGGCGGUUCUGGCCUAGGUAUCAAUGUCAACGUCACCAACCAGACCUUCUGGAUUGGCCAACCAUUUGAACAGCUUGUUCGCAACUUCCUUGCUUCCAUCGAUCGGAAGUGGCAGAACAUCCGAUACCCUGAUAUAGCCAACUUGCUCGCUCCGGUGAAAAUUUCCACUCCGUCCGGGGCACAAACCUGGGGUAUGUCUGAGGCAUUCAAGGCUCUCCGUCGCCUACACAACAUCCGCUUCCGUGUCAAGCACCGCGGAAAGACGCAGGACAAGAAGGAGUACAAGAUCAAGCGCUUUGAUUUUGACUCCCAAUACGGCGCCCUUGGCGCUUGUGCCAAGACUGUUGAGUUUGACAAGGUCAUGCCCGAUGGUAAAAUGAAGAGGUACUCCAUCUAUGAUUACUACAAUGAGCAAUACAAGGCCAAGCUCCAGUUUGGAAACUGGCCGCUCAUUGUGACCACCAAGGCCGGAAAAUUCCCGUUUGAGGUCUGCGAGGUUGAUCGGUUCAACCCGUAUCCGUACAAGCUCGACUCUGAGCAGACGCAAAUGAUGAUCAAGUUUGCAGUUCAGAGACCAGCGCAGCGCAAGCAAGAAAUUAUGAAGGCAGUCUCGAUGCUGAACUGGGGCGCCGACAAGUACCUCCAGUCCUGCGGAAUCAAGAUCAAGCCUGAGAUGCCAAUGGUUCCCUCAAAGAUGAUCAAGAACCCCUUGAUCGAGUUCGGCGCGAAGAAGACCAUUGAUCCGAAGGUCUCUGGGCACUGGGAUCUCCGAAACAUCAAGUUCGUGAAGUGUAAUCCCGUACCCCUGAAGUCUUGGGCUUUCGUUACCGUUGACCAUUGCGUCGACAAACCGACUCUGGCGAACUUCAUCAAUGUCUUCAAGACUACCUACAAGGGCCAUGGUGGAAUAAUCCAGGCGGAGCCCAUGAUCUUCGAAGCCCCAUCCGGGCAGGAUCAUGCUCAAACCGUCUCUGACAUCUACCAGGCUUGCGGCAAUCAGAAUAAGCAGACUCCCCAAAUCAUCUUCUUCGUUCUGCGAGACAAGACUGCCUGGGUCUACGACCGCCUAAAGAAGAAUGCCGACUGUCGCUGGGCGUGCAUCACCCAGAUGAUCCAGUCCUCUCACGUUCGCAAGGCCCAAGGACAGUACUGCUCGAACGUAUCCAUGAAGGUCAACUCCAAGCUUGGGGGACAGACAUCGAGGGUUGGUGGUGGUGGAUUCUUCAAGGUGCCAACAAUGAUUAUCGGCGUUGAUGUCUCGCAUGGGUCGCCUAGCCAGUUGCAGCCCUCGGUGGCUUCCAUUUGCGUUUCGAUGGACAAGGACGCUGCUGUUUUCGAAGCAGCUGUACAAACCAACGACUAUCGCACCGAGAUUCUCACUGCAUCCAACGUCAACAACAUGCUUGGGCCUAUGAUUCAGACCUGGGUACAGAAGAACAAGACUAUCCCACAGCAUGUCUUCUACUUCCGGGACGGCGUUUCCGAGGGGCAGUUCAUUCACGUCAUGGAGUACGAAUAUGAGCAAGUCAAGAAGGUCUUCCAGCUCGUCACCAAUGCGACUCCAAAGAUCACUAUAAUCAUCGCGACCAAGCGCCACCAUAUUCGAUUCUUCCCCGAACGGGGUGACAAGAAUGGAAACCCUCUGCCCGGUACGUUGGUGGAGCGUGAGGUGACUCACCCCUUCUACUACGACUUCUACUUGUGCUCUCAUGUGGCGAUUCAAGGCACCGCUCGGCCUGUGCAUUACAAUGUCAUCCACGACGAGGUUGGAUACAAGCCAGAUGAUCUCCAGCGAAUGAUCUAUCACCAGUGCUACCAGUACUGCCGCUCAACGACCCCGGUUUCGUUGCACCCUGCGGUGUACUAUGCGCAUCUGGCUGGCUACCGAGCACGUAUCCACGAGAAUAAGGCAGUUACCGACCAGGUGCCCUACCAAGUCAAGGCUCAGGUAAUGUCGAACCCUGGCAUCAUGGCCAAGCACGACAGUAUGAGCACUGACUCGGGCCCCAUGGGACCGCCUCCUCCUCUGCUGCCAAUGGGCGGCCCUAAUGCCCGCAACGAUGCCAAAUUCACGUUCAAGCACACUAUGUGGUGGGUCUAG